UGAACCAUCAUGAAGUGCUUCUCGAAUAAAAUUGUUUUCGUGUGUUUUUCGUUGGUUUUAACGUUAACUCUGUGUAACCAUGAAAACAGUGCGACUACAACCUGUCGACUUUGGUCUGCUCGACGGAUUAUAGCCACAUUCACCGUAACCGGGGGUGCAGAUAAAAUCAAAGACAGUUGUCCUCGAAAUUCCACCGAAAAGAAAACUAUCGAAAUACGAGGGACAAUCAAAACCCUGUACGAAGAUUCCGUCAAGAACAUAACUAAUUUAUUCAAAAUCGACUUAGUAAAGGUGGGAUUAGAGAAAAUCCAGCCCGGGACUUUCAAGGAUUUGUCGCCACUCAUGGAUUUGAUAAUUCAAGAAAAUAAAUUGAAGACACUUAAAACCGGUACCUUUGUUAACUUGAACGUUUCGUUUCUCAGUCUUCGAAGAAAUUUCAUUUCGGUUUUGCAACCAGGUGUCUUCCAAAACCUGUCACUUUACCAACUGGCUCUUGAAGAAAAUAGAUUAACGAAAAUCGCAAAAGGAGUGUUUCAGGAUGUUUCUCUUACGCGUUUGAGUUUGGACCAAAAUGGCAUUUCAAGACUAGAACCUGGAGUUUUUGCAAGCUUGCACCCGAAGAACGAAGAGGGAAUAAGUUUGUCCUUAUCAGACAACAAAAUUGAAAGAUUAGAUCCACAGGUUUUUGAUAACAAAGACAUAGAUCAUGUAAAUUUAGGUAACAACUCUAUCUCGAUACUUCACCCAGGCGAUUUGAAUAAUUUACCGAAUUUGACUAGGCUUAACCUGACUAGAAACAGACUCAAGGAAGUUCCUGAAGGAGUUUUUAACGCUUCUAAAAUAGUGAUUCUAGAUUUGAGUCACAACCAGAUUUCUGUGAUCGCAAAUGGAGCGUUAGAUGGUAUGAAAGGUUUAUGGUAUAUUAGGAUUCACCAUAAUCAGCUGAAAGAGUGGGAUAGUAGAUGGUUUCGUGGGUUGUCAAUGAUCAAAAUUUUUGCUUCUAAUAACUAUAUUGAGACAAUUCCUGAGGGAAGUUUUGUGGAGGUUCAGGAAUAUACUGCGGUGGACUUAGCUCAUAACCAAAUCAGAAAUAUUUCUGACGGUGCUUUCGCUGGUCUGAAACGGUUAAGGUCUCUGGACUUAAGUUAUAAUAAAAUAAGGAAAUGGAAAAUCGAGUUCUUGGAGAAAGUAAUGAUACAAGAAAAUGUCGAUCUUCGAGGUAAUAAUAUCAGUUGUUCUGAGAUUGAGUCGGGUAUACAACAACUCCGAAAUCAAGGAUUUAUUUUUGAUAAAUGUUGAGUAA